AUCUUGUCAUAUGACAUUGAUGAGGGCGACAAGCAACCAGAUCAAGCAACCAGCGACUCACUGUGGACUUCACUUCACUAAAAGAAAGAACCUAAACUGUUAGGAAUGAAAUUCUUUAAAACUUUUUUGUGACUCUGCCGAUAAUAUUUGGAGUAUGGAAUGUUGGGGAGUUUUGUCUACGAUCGCUGCCGCCUGUCUGCUAGAACUAUUGCUCUAAAAGUCUGGUUAUAACAGGUGUGGUGGUGAGCCAGACGAUGGCUCCCACACUGGCUCCUGCUGUGAUGAACACCACAUUCAUUGAAAAUGUGACAGCGACCACCACAGUCAGUGAGACCACCACAGUCAGUGACAAUGUGACCGCGACCACACCCAUGAUCCUCAGCACCACAUCCCAAGGCUGCUCUGCCCUCAACACCUCCACCUGUGAGCCCUGUGUCCCAGGGUCCUACUCCGACAAUGACACCCUGCUGUGUUCCUGCUGCCAUGAGCCAGGGCUGUGUAUGUUCACUGGGGCUUGCCUUGCAUGUUCCAGAGGGUUCUUUCAGCCUCUGGCUGGACAACAGCGAUGUCUGCCCUGCAGCCAGGGUUUUUACACCAAUUUCACUGGCAGCCCUGUGUGUCAGUCCUGCCCCCCAGGCUCCUACAGCAACAACACAGGCUCCGACUCCUGCCGAAGCUGUUCUCCAGGUUUCUAUACAUCAAAACAAAAUGCCACAUCGUGCAGUCCAUGUCAACAGGGAACGUUCUGCAACUCUUCCAGUUGUGCUCUGUGUCAGAUCUGUCCUUCUGGUACAGAGUCUCUGCAGGCCGCUGCUAAGGAGUGCACACCUUGUCGUCCAGGUAUGCACAAGGCUCCCCGUCAGAGUAUGUGUCAAAUCUGCAGCAGCGGCUUCUUCCAGAUCCGCUGGGGCCAGGAGACCUGUAACCUCUGCCCCGAAAACCACUACUGCCCAAGUCCAGAUGUGAACCCCAUCCUGUGCCCUGGCGAUGCCUUCUGUCCUGAAGGCAGCACUGCUCCAGGUUACUGCAUGGAGACCUUCUUCCGCAAGGCAGGGGAGGAGUGCGAGCUGGCCCCCGUCACCAUUGCUCUACUUGUCAUUGGAGGAGGAGUGGCCCUACUUUUCGUCAUCCUGCUGGUGUUGCGUCGAAGGCGAGACACAGACGGAGAGCUUUCCCUCGCACGACAACCUCUGUUACGCAAAGAGCGGCCGCAAGGUCGAUACUACGGGAUCCCAUGUGAUGCUGAGCCAGUAUACGCUGGUUGGUGAACAUGUCCCCAGCCCCAUCUGAUACCUCCAAUUAUUGGGGUAAAAUGUCUGGCUUUUAGAGCAGAAUCAACUGAAUUCUAUGUACCUCAGCUUUGGACUAAUGGACCAUAAGAGAAAGCAGACUCACACCAAAUCCUAACCAUGGUUUACCGAAUGGCCAUUUGAGUACUUUUGAUAACUCAACAGCUCUUUCCUGCAGUACAUCUUCUAGAUGUAUUCUUGACAAGCAGAAGUGUUUUUUUCUUCUGUAUUAUGUGCUUUAGUGAAGGCUGACCCCAUUACAUUUGUUAAAAAUAAGAAAAAAUGUCAUCAAAUUAAUUGGCUUUCUUUGCAUUCCUCUUUAGGUUAAUUAGGUCAAUGGUUUAAAGAGGCACACUGGAUGGUUGAGGAGGGUUGACAAGCGCUUGUUGAGCAUCUUAUAAGGACUUGGUGACCUUGUGUUAUAUGAAAAGCACUUUUGUUUUUGUUGAUGUUUGUAAAUGUUAUUGCAUUCAUUCAUGGUAGAUCGAAAGUUAUGCGUUAAAGAUUGUUUUAAGUAAAUGUUCCCUUCUGUCACAGAAAUAAUAUUUGCUGGUUAUAUGGAUUAAUAAUAUUGAUGAUCUGAGGUACUAUGUAGGGGUGUAACGAUCCAUCUACUACAUCGAUGUAUCGAUUUAUAUUCCUAUGAUCCAACUACAUCGAUCUGUG